CUUUCCGCUUUCCCAUCCGCCCCCGGAGCGUCGUCGCACAGCUGGGUUGACUUGGGUCGCCUCCCCCUCGCUACUUCUAGUCUAUCUUUUCCAGGCACUUUGCUUCGUCCACAGCCCCCAACCUUGGAAGGAAGACACCCUCCAAAGCUAGCCCAUUAAAAGUGCACGACUUCUGCCCGGCCAGCCGAAGGAGCUCCCGCAGCCCGGCAUUCCUCGGAUUCCAGCGCUGUGACGUCCCCGGGGACCGUGCGCCCGCAGCGGGGGAGCCCGGGAUCCACUUUUCAGCGCUGGGUGCGCGUCCCCGAGGCUGGCGCGCGCCCUCCCCUGCCGCCGCAUUCCUAGCCCGCCCAGUGAGCACCCGGCGCUCUCCCCGCCUCCAGGCCCCCAGAGCAGCAGAGCCCAGCCCGGGGCGGGGGAGCGCGGCCAGCGGCGCCUGCUCGUCCCCUCCCACUCGGCCCCUUCCUCCGCCCUCCCGGCCGCUCGCGCUUCCUGGCACUCGGGCUCUCCCGGCGGCUCAAGUUCUACACAACUUCUCCCGGCUGCCCAGCUCCGCGGCCACGGGUCCGGACCGUCUCUCUGCGCUCUGCGGCUCAGCCAUCUCGUCCCCAGGGCAGGUCCUCGUGGAGCAUCUGGCGCCACUUGGCCGCUGGCGGUCGCUUUCGGCGCCCCACCUCUCUGAUCGCCCCGGCCCCCUCACGCGGGACGGCGGUGCUCAGGUUCUUGGCCCUUUCUCCUCCCCGGUGCUCCCGGCGCGGCGGAACCCUCCCCGUGCCCUUCCUCUGCCAACUCCUGGAAGCCAGUGGUGAGGACCCAGGCUCCCCGAUGGUCACGGCGCGGCACCCGGGGCACUCCCGGGCCAUGUAAGCAGCCGUCCUGCAGAGGGCCUGAUGGACAUGGACGCCCUUCCCCUACCUUAGAGUGACCGUUCCAACACAGAACUACUAAGGCCAUCGAAGGGGUGCCUGUGCCAGGAGAGGAGGGAGGCGUCCCCCACCCCGGCCUCAGAGCCAUGCCUUUCGGCCUGAAGCUUCGUAGAACUCGGCGCUACAAUGUCCUGAGCAAAAACUGCUUUGUUACCCGGAUCCGCCUGCUGGACAGCAAUGUCAUCGAGUGCACUCUGUCUGUGGAAAGCACGGGGCAGGAGUGCCUGGAAGCCGUGGCCCAGAGGCUGGAGCUGCGGGAGACACACUACUUCGGCCUUUGGUUUCUCAGCAAGAGCCAGCAAGCGAGAUGGGUGGAGCUAGAGAAGCCGCUGAAGAAACAUCUGGACAAAUUUGCUAACGAGCCUCUGCUUUUCUUCGGAGUCAUGUUCUAUGUGCCAAAUGUGUCAUGGCUUCAGCAGGAGGCCACAAGAUACCAGUAUUACCUGCAAGCCAAAAAGGAUGUGCUUGAAGGGCGGUUACGGUGCACACUGGAGCAAGUGAUCCGACUGGCCGGCUUAGCUGUGCAAGCGGAUUUUGGAGACUAUAACCAAUUUGAUUCCCAAGAAUUCCUCCGAGAAUAUGUCCUGUUCCCUAUGGAUUUGGCCUUGGAGGAGGCUGUUCUGGAGGAGCUGACGCAGAAAGUGGCCCAGGAACACAAAGCCCACAGUGGGAUCCCGCCUGCAGAAGCUGAGCUGAUGUACAUCAAUGAAGUAGAACGUUUGGAUGGAUUUGGACAGGAGACCUUCCCGGUGAAGGACAAUCACGGCAACAGCACACACCUCGGCAUUUUCUUUAUGGGAAUUUUUGUGAGGAACAGAAUCGGAAGACAGGCGGUAAUAUACAGGUGGAAUGACAUUGGAAGUGUCACCCACAGCAAAUCCGCCAUCCUUCUAGAACUGAUUGACAAGGAGGAGACGGCACUCUUCCACACAGAUGAUAUUGAAAAUGCCAAGUAUAUUUCCCGGUUAUUUACAACACGGCACAAGUUUUACAAACAGAACAAGAUCUGCACUGAACAGUCAAAUUCUCCACCCCCAAUCAGACGCCAGCCCACCUGGAGCCGGUCCUCCCUGCCAAGGCAGCAGCCGUACAUCCUGCCUCCCAUGCACGUGCAAUGCAGUGAACACUACUCGGAGACCCACACUUCCCAAGACAGCAUUUUUCCUGGGAAUGAGGAAGCCUUGUAUUGCAAAUCUCACAACAGCCUGGACUUAAACUACUUAAAUGGCACCGUCACCAAUGGCAGUGUGUGCAGUGUUCACAGUGUUAACUCCCUCAGCUGCUCCCAAAGCUUCAUCCAGGCCUCUCCGGUGUCCUCCAACCUCAGCAUCCCUGGAAGCGACAUCAUGAGGGCGGACUACAUCCCCAGCCACCGGCACAGCACCAUCAUUGUGCCCUCUUACAGGCCCACCCCUGACUACGAGACAGUGAUGCGGCAGAUGAAGAGGGGGCUGAUGCACGCAGACAGCCAGAGCCGGUCCCUGCGGAACCUCAACAUCAUCAACACCCAUGCCUACAACCAGCCUGAGGAACUGGUGUACAGCCAGCCUGAGAUGCGGGAGAGGCAUCCCUACACCGUCCCAUACGCGCCCCAGGGGGGCUAUGGUCACAGACUUAUUAGUCCAUCUGACCAGAUGAACCCCCAAAACAGUGUGGUGUGUAGCAAGCCAGGGGCCAGCUCUAUCUCACACACGGUGAGCACUCCAGAGCUGGCCAACAUGCAGCUUCAAGGAACACAAAACUACAGCACAGCCCACAUGCUCAAGAACUAUCUCUUUAGGCCCCCACCCCCUUACCCUCGGCCUCGGCCUGCCACCAGCACCCCAGACCUCGCCAGCCACCGCCACAAGUAUGUCAGUGGCAGCAGCCCUGACCUGGUGACUCGGAAAGUCCAGCUUUCCGUGAAGACCUUCCAGGAGGACAGCUCUCCCGUGGUCCAUCAGUCUUUGCAGGAGGUGAGCGAGCCCCUUACAGCCACCAAGCACCAUGGUGCGGUGAACAAGCGCCACAGCCUGGAGGUGAUGAACAGUAUGGUACGCGGCAUGGAGGCCAUGACACUGAAGUCACUCAAUAUCCCCAUGGCUCGCCGUAACACGCUUCGGGAGCAGGGCCCCUCCGAGGACGCGGGUGGCCACGACGUGCACGGGCUUCCCCAGUACCGCCACAAGAAGACAUUCUCGGAUGCCACUAUGCUAAUCCACAGCAGUGAGAGUGAGGAGGAGGAGGAGGCCUCUGAGGCGGUGCCUCAGAUUCCGGUCCUUCGGGAGAAGGUGGAAUACAGUGCCCAGCUGCAGGCCGCCCUGGCACGCAUUCCCAACAGGCCCCCGCCAGAGUACCCAGGGCCAAGAAAAAGUGUCAGUAACGGGGCACUGCGACAGGACCAGGGGACCGUCCUUCCUGCCAUGGCCAGAGCCCGGGUGCUGAGACACGGGCCAGCCAAGGCCCUUAGUGUCUCCCGGGCUGAGCAGCUGGCUGUCAAUGGGGCCUCUCUGGGCCCCUCCAUCUCUGAGCCUGACCUCACCAGCGUGAAGGAGCGGGUCAAGAAGGAGCCUGUGAAGGAGAGGCCCGUGUCAGAGAUGUUCUCCCUGGAGGACAGCAUUAUAGAGAGAGAGAUGAUGACUAGGAAUCUCGAGAAGCAGAAGAUGGCAGGCCUGGACCCACAGAGGAGGCCACUUAUGCUGGCAGCGCUGAAUGGGCUCUCGGUGGCCCGCGUCCCGGGGCGGGAAGACAGUCGACACGAUGCCACCCGAGUCCCCAUAGACGAGAGGCUCCGAGCCCUGAAGAAGAAGCUGGAAGAGGGAAUGGUGUUCACCGAGUAUGAGCAGAUCCCACACAAAAAGGCCAAUGGCAUCUUCAGCACUGCCACUCUGCCAGAAAAUGCUGAGCGUAGCCGGAUCCGAGAAGUCGUCCCCUACGAGGAGAACCGGGUGGAGCUCAUCCCGACCAAAGAGAACAACACGGGCUACAUCAACGCCUCCCACAUCAAGGUGGUGGUUGGUGGGGCAGAAUGGCACUAUAUUGCCACUCAGGGACCCCUGCCACAUACCUGCCAUGACUUCUGGCAGAUGGUGUGGGAGCAGGGGGUGAACGUGAUCGCCAUGGUCACGGCAGAGGAGGAGGGCGGACGGACCAAAAGUCAUCGAUACUGGCCCAAAUUGGGGUCCAAGCACAGCUCAGCCACCUAUGGCAAGUUCAAGGUCACCACGAAGUUCCGCACAGACUCUGGUUGCUAUGCAACCACAGGGUUAAAGGUCAAGCACCUGCUGUCUGGCCAGGAGAGGACGGUGUGGCACUUGCAGUACACUGACUGGCCCCACCACGGCUGCCCAGAAGACGUCCAAGGAUUCCUGUCCUACUUGGAGGAGAUCCAGUCAGUCAGGCGUCACACCAACAGUGUGCUGGAAGGCAUCAAGACCAGGCACCCACCCAUCGUGGUCCACUGCAGUGCAGGGGUGGGGAGGACCGGCGUCGUCAUCCUUUCUGAGCUCAUGAUCUACUGCCUGGAGCAUAAUGAGAAGGUGGACGUGCCCACGAUGCUGAGGUUUCUCAGGGAGCAGAGGAUGUUCAUGAUCCAGACCAUCGCGCAGUACAAGUUCGUCUACCAAGUCCUCGUCCAGUUCCUGCAGAACUCCAGGCUCAUUUGAGUUCCCAGCUGCAGCUUCUGGAGGAGGGAGCCAACUCCAUCCUGCAGGGGGCGCCACUUCUGGACAACAUCUGCCUCCUCAGUUGGAGGCGGAUGGCUGGCAUCAGGCAAGAACCAGAGUUACUUACAAACAUCAUGUAUUAUUUUAUAUGAGAUAAUUUAUUUUUCCGUCUUUGGAAUAAGUUUUGUUGAGUUAUUAUAAUGCAUUUUUUUUCACAAUAAUAUAGUGCUUCUCAUUUGAACCACAUGUUGACUGAUCUGCAUAUAAGCCCCUGGGAGGGAAGGUGGUGGCCCCAUGAGACAUUGUAGGCACAGAGGCAUAAGGGAACACAUCCCUAGUGAAGGUGCAGACAAAUUAGUAAUGCCCCCAGUCAAAAGUGGCAAGAGAAAGAAUUCACUCCCAACUGGAAGGAAGAGAGCCAAGGAAGGCCCUUGCAAGUGUCCCCUUAAACACUGGAUCCAUGCGGCUGGCUGGAUAGCUGCUUCCCGCUGCUCCUUUGCUGCCCUCACCCCCAUGAUCUCUCGGUCCCUAAGCCUGGGGUGAAAGGUGGACUCCGCUGGAGAGCACAGGGCCUCUAAGGCUGGCCAUGCGGUCUUUGUUGCUGGUUCUGCUGCUCGCUCAGCCCUUGCUCUGGUCCAGAACUCUGCUGCAGUGAUGGGGCCCAUCUUGCAUGCUCCCAACACCCUCAUCUGGUGGCCCUGGGCCAGGCCAUCUGCACGGCUCAGCCCUUUGCCUGAUUGAGAGAAGAUAAUAGACCAGGGUGGGAAUGGCAUCAGGUGGGGCCUUGGUGUGGAUUCUUAACUAAAUAAUGCUGAGUGUGGCAGAUGGGGACUUGAGAGGGUGAGAUUUGGAUCUAUUCCAUUUUCCUAUCCAUGGCUAAGUUGUUAGAAGGCUCUUAAUGGCUAAGGAAACUCACAUGCAGCAGCCGCUUGGCACUUGGCAGCAGGGCCCUGGCCAGGAGGCACACACCUGACAGGCAUGCACCCUUGCCCACCUCACUGCAUGCCGCUUGAUUCUAGGCUCUGGCUAACAAGGACAGAGUUGAAUCCACCUAGGGCUUCUUUGUUGAUGUCUUGAGGCCCAGUCCCAGGCUGACCUUGGACUUGGUGUGUAGCAAGAGGGUGGCUCCCAAUCUCCCAUCUGUACUUCCCACUGCUGGAAUUUCGGGUGCGUACCACCACACACAGGCCAUCCUCGCCCCUCAUGAUAAAUGCUGAGACUGUCUUUUGUAAAAUCCUCCACCGCCCACCUUUCCUUGCAUAGCCCAGUCUCUGGUCAGCGAUGUUAUCAGCUACCCUCACACUGAAGCCCAGUUUCCUUCCGUGUCUUUUCUGAGUAUAAUUUUCUAAUUGUGAGUUUGUGGAACUGACCGUGUCAUGUCUUCCUCCAGAGUUACAUUUUCCUUUUUUUUUCGCCCCCCUCCCCCUGAGCUGAAAAGACCAAACAGAAAGAGUGUGCCUUUGUGGCUUCUAUCCACCCUACCCCCUACCCCUGCCCCGCACACUUGUAGAUGCCUAUGACAGCAGAUUUCCCUGAGCAUCUCUGGAAGAUGAGCCAUGCUGCCUUCCCUCUGAGCCAGUGUGGUGCUGAUGCUGGUAUUCCUGCAGCAUCAGUGAGUUCAGAAUCUGAAGGUGGGGCACUUCCGCCUUCCCUUCCACGGUGCAGAAUGAAUCGAGGGGCAUAAGUGAUCAUGGCCCUAGUAGACCUGGCACACUGACAGAGGUAUUUGGGGGAAAAUGGAAAAGCCCAUGGUGGGGAGCUGUUUAAUUUCCUUUUAAGACAGUUCCCUCUUUUAGGUGUCCUAACAGUCUGUCCCACUAACAGUUUCAUUCUGGGAUGAAGAAUGUUGAUAUUCACCAGCCGUCUCUAAGCCUUGUGUUAGAAUGUCUCACAUGAGCAGCGAGGAGAAAUGAUGCCCCUCUGAACUCAUCACUGGGGCUGUAUCUGUCUUAUGCUGACAGAACAAGGGACAGGGAGGACGUAGUUUUCAUACGCAGCUUCCUAGCCAACGUGCUAUGAAACCCCAAGGACAACAUCUAAGUGUCCUGAGCUGUAUUUCCUCCUUAAACACUGUUGCCUCUGGUUCUUCAGCACCUUCUGGAUUCCCUCUCCCACCCCAGGAAGCCCCCAUAGAUCUCUGGUUAAAUCAGCAGCAGGCAUUUCAAGUCCUCUCAGUGGCAUCUGCAUAACAAUCGCUGAGAGCCUGCUCCACCUGGGAAGCCAGCCAAGGCAAAAGCCUAGAAGCUAAGUGUAUUAAAUUAGUUAUCUAGUCAGGGUUUUGGACCGGUUUCCUGACAGUGUGUUGGGACUGAAGCUGGAGCUGUCAGAGCCCAUGGCUGCAGUUUGGAUUUGAAGGGGGAGAAAAUUAAAACGGGAGCCAGUAAGACAGCCCAUCUCACAACAGAGCAGUGGGCCAUUCCUCCACCGCUGGUUUGAGGUUUUCACAUUGCGUGGUUCUGUCCUUUGCUUGCGCUCAUUUGCAUAUGCCCACCUUUGUCCUUGUUCAGGGUCUCCGCAUCCUGCCUGAGAUGCUCUGUGGCGAAGCCCAGGAGUGACUGGCUGGUCUAGUGGGGCUCUAAGGUGGUUCCCGGUGGAGUAGGGCCCCAGGGACUGCACAUCUGAAUGCGCUCCCUCCCCGGGGUAGAGGUGAGAACAGGGUUAGGCGCAUGCUGGUUGCUUUACUGAGGUGAAGACAGUGGGUCCCUCUACUCACUUGGAGGGGCUGCAGAUUUUAGGGAGGGCAAGGGCAUCUCACGUGGACUGUGUCAAGCAAGCUUUGGUUUUAAUGCGCUUACUUUAGGAGGCUUUUCUGUUAUGAGAAAGGGCCUACUCAUUAUUCUUCAGUUAGAAGUAAACUGCCUGCCUCCCUCCCUCCGCCCCUCCUUCCCUCCCUCCUUCUCUGUCCCUCCCUCCUUCCUUCUUUUGCCUAUGUCUUGGGCUCUCUCUCAACCAUCUCCACUAACCUGGACAGAGGGUCUUUGUGGGACACAGCCACCAACUCCUAAGCAAGCCACACCCUUGCCCACUGUCAGCUUCUGCUCUCAGCUACCACCCCAUGUGCAGAGGAGGUCAGCAUUUUCCUGUUUUGUUUUUUUUUUUCUAGUUUAAUGUAGAUUGACCCGCGCUGAGUUUCCAGAAAUGGAGGACACUUACUGGACUGACUGAAUCUCUGCCAUUUGUUUCUUCCCAGCUCAUUAAAGGUCUAAUACCAUGUGGCUUUUCUUCAGCUAAGAGCUAGUGGACACGGGACUGGUUCUUUGUGAUGCGUGGUGGCCUUGCAUCUCCUAGGGCUGGGAGCUGCCCCAGCAUGCCACACGGCCGGCCACGUGACAGGCUGCUGUGGGGUCUUCAAUCGCUUUCUUGAAGCACCAGCUUAUCACUCUGUAUCCUCUGACCUCAGGCCCGACUUUAUCAACGGGUCCCAAACAUGUCCUCAGGCAGAGAGCACCCUGUGUCUUCCAGUCUGCCUCGUGUUUCUAGUGGCAUGGCUAACGGAGAGGGCAAAUUUAGUUAUUGAUUUCUGUUGUGGGAAGAUGUGCCAAUUACCUGAGGUGAGAGGGCAAGAAUACCGGAAAGUUUAGGAUAAACUCAAGGGAUAUGGUUAGCCCUGGCCCCUGUUGGCGAUCAUUUCCUGUUCCUUCUCAGCAUUAGGAGCAGCUCUGUCCACAGAGUGCCAAGUCUCUGCCUUUGGGCUCUCAGCUUCCCGGUUCUCCAGUCAGCUGCCUUGAGGCUCUCACUGAGUGUCUUCUCUUCACGAGUGGUGCAGUCAGCUUCUAACAGAGAGACCUGGGUCUUCCACGGGAACUGCGUACUCCCUGGUGGCCUACAACUUGAUGAGUGUGACAGACUCGCUGUCUUUGGAGGGUAGAAUAAGUCACAGUUAGCCAUGUUGGAUUAUCCUCUGAGCGAAGCGGUAGAAUGGUGCUGGCCUUCACCUCAGCUCCUGAGUCCUUGGGCAGCAAGCCACCUUUCAUGAUACAUCUGUGGAACAUAGCAUCCACACGUCUGGGGAAAUGGGCGGGUAUGUGCAACCGCAAGCUGCCAACCCAAAUGGCUUGUCCAAAUGUCAGUUAUUCUAGGGGAGCUGGGACACCGGUCUACCAGCCUGUCCAGUGUUCGGCCUUUCUGCCCUGCUCUCAGCUUUUGCAUCCCCAUUACAAACGCCACUCAGGGGAAGUGGGCGUCUUUAUCUAGCCUUUGCAGUCUAAUGCAGCGCACGAACGUCUUUCUCGAACUCUCGCUGCUGCCUUCUCCGUUAGCCUGUCCAUGACCAGGCGUCAGGGAGCUGGCACCCUUCAGUCUCAUAGAUGGAUAAUAUAUUGCUGCUUAGAAAUCACUGUUUGCUGUCCAGAGCUCCAAUCGGCCUCCUCAUUUUAGAGAUAAUUAAAGGCCACUGAGUCAUCCAGCAGGGGCUGGCAAAUGCCAACCUAAACAUGGUUAAUAGGAAAGGUGUCGCAAGAGCCGUUCCUCUGCUCUAGCUGUGCCAUCAGGGCAUCGUUUAUCAAAAGUGCCCUGAGCUUGUCCAAAGACAUGGUGGGAAGAGCUUAGGUCAGCCCCGAGUUUCCUACCAAAAAUUCACUGGGUAUAUAAUUUUUUGAACCCUGGAGUGAACCAGAGUUGGAAAUGAUGAUGGGGCAUCUCAGGAAAGGCCGUGCUCCAGUGUGGAGAUCUCCUUCUCCCGGGCUCCUUGCCUGCUGCCCAUAAUGGACUGUGCCAUGUGCCCUCUGUGCCCAGAUGGCUGCUCGGAGACUCUGCCUGACACUGUAGACCCUCCUUCCCCCUGGCUUCUGAGCAGUUACAUGUAUUCAAAGUACAGGCACGGCUGUGCAGUAGCUGUGAGUGUUCUCGUGGUGUGGGGACAAGGUGGCACCCUUAUAAUGUCACUGUCUUUGUCCCCAGGGCUGUUUUGUCCACUCGGAACACCACCAACUUCUCAUGCUCACUCAGCUGCUUCCCAGACCAGCAGUCUGAAGCUCAUUUUGUAUUUUAACCUACUUGCCCAUAGAGCCCCCUACCCCGCAAAGUUAAAUCUGGCAACCGUGGCCUUAAACCCCUCUAAAAUAUCCACAUAGGAAAUCUUAAUUUAACAAAAAAUGGCUCCAUGGCCUCAAGAAAUCUGGGAAGUGGGUGACCAAAAUGAAGGUCAUCCUCAGUCAUGUCCCUUUUGGUGACACAGUCGCUCAGCACCAGAAGAAGAAAGAGAAAAAAAAAAAACUUAUCAAUAUUAUUAAAAAUAAGGGUAGCAGCAGGGUUCCCUGUUUAUUCUGAGGCGCCCUUCACAGACUUUUCGGUGACAGCAUUGCUUGGUAACCUGCAGUCUAACCUGCUUCUAGCUUGCUGGACUGAGCGCUUCCUUGGCCUCCCUGCUUACUGUCACCUGGUGGGGGGACAGGUGCACCUCAGGGCUUCCCAUGAUCCCCACGGGCUGUGCUGGGAUUGAUAGUGAGUCCAUGACAAUCUCCCUGUCCAACCCCUCUGCCUUGUUUGUUCUUCUCCAACCUCCUCCCCCAGGGACCGACUCUGGGGUGAAGACUGAGAGGAGAGAAGCCAAGCAUCCUAGAUUGGGUUUUUCCGUGCCUUGGGGUGGGACCUCUUGCUCAGGCCUCAGGAAUGCUGCUUCAAGUUUAGCCAGGUGGCUCUGGGCAGGCGCCUGGCGUUCUUGACAUUUCUCCGGGGGCCUCUUGCCUCCCCCAACGACAGUGUUAGCUAAUAAAUACCUUCAGCAUUGAACUGAAAACUGUCCUUCACAGCCAUUUUAUUCAGACUCAAAUACGUAAGAUUUUUUAGUGCAAUUUUCUCUGAAGUUCCUUGCCACUGUGGGCUGUCCUAAACGUUUUUAGCCACGUCUUUUCCAAUACAAGCUCACUCUUCACCAGAGAUAGUUUCCACGUGUGCCCUCCCUCCCUUGGCGGCCAGCUGACCUGGCUGAGAGUGCUCUGGGAGGAGGGGCUUACAUAUGCAGAUGACUAUGUAACCUUGUGUAACUUUGUGACCUGUCAGUAUACCCCAGCUAGUCCGUUCAUUAGAGUGUCGCGGUUUCAUUCAGUAUUUUCAUGCUUUCUUUUGGUCUGUGUUCUGUCAAACGUUGUGAAUUUCUGUUUCCUUCAAAAUAAUGGACAUUUAUAGAUUUUAUUUUGAAAUGGUGUAUAGACACCCCCGCCCCCGGCUUAGAAACCAGCUUGCUUUACAGUUCUUGGUUCAGCCCACAGAAGCCUAGUGACUCUCACCAAGGACGGAAUGCAGCGCUAAGUCACACGUGGUUGGCUUUCAAGGGCUGGCACCCACCAUGGUGUACGCUGUAGAAAACGCAUUCCAGGUUGGGACUCAGCGCCCUGUCCAUAGCAGCGGCUUGCACGUCGGCAGAGAUGGUAGCCAAGCCUCUCUCCUGGCAAACUGCAGCUGAGGGCCGGGAAUGACAGAGAAGACACGAGGACAUUCCUUCCCAAGGCCCCGAUAACCAUGCUGACUGUCCCGGCAGAGUCCCCUGCCAAGCGACGGAUGCUGUCCAUGAGCUGUUCGUAUCAGGUAAUAAGCUCCUGCAUGCCAGCUUCUCACACAGCGCUGAGGUGUAGGGAGCUGACUUUUGACAGUAUUUUUUUUUGCACUGUUUCUUACGAAGUCUUAUUUAGAUAUUGGUCCUAGAGGAUGUCGUCUCUAUCCUUGUCAUUGCUAUAAAAUGCUUCCUAUGUGCCUUUACAAUGUGAGAUCUUUAUUCUAACCUGUUUUUGUAAAAGAUAUCUAUUGAUUUCUACAUGCAAUAAACCUUGUUUUGAUUGUUGUCAGAGAAA